UGGUAUUCAGAUAAUAAUCACAAAUUUAGCCAAACGCCUCUCUGGCCUCGAGUGCGAUUUCUCAUUCAUGCUUUCUCGUCUGCGUGUGUUUCUUCAGAGUUCAGAUUAGUCUAAACAUUCAGAUAGCAGCGAAAUUCUCUAGUCUUGGUAAGUUUUGGCUCAAAUGGCUUCUAGAAGGAAUAUACCACUAGGACAUGAAAGGCGUUCUUCUGAUGCUCCAGGCAUGACGCGUCAUGGUCCAUUGUCUGCUGCCCGCCACCCUAGAGAACAACUUUCUCCAGCAUUUUUAGAGAAUAAAUUUGUUUCUCAGGCAGCAGAAUUAGAAACUCUUUCUUCGGAUCAUCAGAAAUUGACAUCUUCCCAUAUGGCCUUGAGACAGGAUCUUGUAGCUGCUCAGCAGGAGGUAGAGAAACUCAGAGAACAUAUAAGAAGCACACAAACAGAAGGUGAUAUUCAGAUUCGGAUUUUGUUGGACAAGAUUGCAAAAUGGGAAGCUGACAUUAGAGCUGGUGAGAGGGUUAAGAAAGAUCUGCAACAGGCCCACCUUGAAGCACGGAGCUUGGUGACAGCGAAGCAAGAAUUGACUGGUCAAAUCCAGAAAGCCACCCAGGAUAUGGACAAAGCACGUGAUGACUUGAAAAAGCUUCCAGAAAUGAAUGCUGAACUCGAUAGCUUGAGGCAAGAACACCAGAGGUUGCGCAAGACUUUUGAGUAUGAAAAAGGUCUAAACGUAGAGAAAGUGGAACAGAUGAAGGUCAUGGAGAAAGACCUGGUUGGUUUGGCUGAAGAAGUGGAAAGACUUCGUGCUGAAGUUUCAAAUGCUGAGAAGGCGGCACAUGUUCCAAACCUGUAUGGUGGUCCGUACAUGAAUCCACAUCCUUCUUAUCCACAUCCGAUGAACACAAAUGUGGGGUAUAUAGAUGAUUAUGGUAGACCUCAAUACAUGGGUGGUGUUGCUGUGGGAGAGGGAAUGAUUCCGUCUGGCAGUGGCUCUACUCCUGCCGUUAAUCCCGCUUGGGGAGGAUCAUAUGAUAUGUCCCAUACUCUGAGGUGAAUGUGCAUCAGAUACAUUUACCAGUGAUACUUCCUCCAAAUGGUCCAUUUGGAUUCUUCAUUUUGCCCAGUAAACUGGAUUCCUGUAGUUCUUCACAACUUGUUUAUUAGAAUCAAACUGUACAAAAAUCAAUACUCUCUGUGGAACAUGUGUUUUACUCUCCUAUUUAUCACAACCUCCUGGUUCUCCUUGCCUUUUUUC